UGAGAUGCAUUAGAAUUCAGAGACCUCCCUUUGCUUAAGGUAUGGUGUGAAUAUGCGUUGCUUGGCAGCUCGGGUCAACUACAAGACUUUGAUCGUCAUCUGCGCCCUCUUCACCCUGGUGAUGGUGCUGCUCUGGAACCGAUGCUCUUCCGACAGAGCCGGCCCGUUCCCCCGCAGCCUCGCUGGUCCCGAACGCCGAGCCGCUGCUGCAGCCUCCGAGAGUGACCUGGCCCGGCAGCAGAGCGAGGAGGCAUCGCCCCAGGAGCAGCAGAAAGCUCCCCCCGUCGCAGGAGGCUUCAACGGCAACAAAGCCCCGGGGCUGAAGUAUGAGGAGAUUGACUGUCUGAUCAAUGAUGAGCACACCGUUAAAGGGAGGAGGGAAGGCAACGAGGUCUUCCUGCCGUUCAGCUGGGUAGAGAAAUACUUUGAGGUUUAUGGGAAAAUUGCUCAGUACGAUGGUUAUGACAGGUUUGAAUUCUCUCAUAGCUACUCCAAAGUAUACACACAGCGAGCACCUUACCACCCCGACGGGGUCUUCAUGUCCUUCGAGGGCUACAACGUAGAGGUUCGAGACAGAGUGAAGUGCAUAAGUGGUGUUGAAGGUGUGCCAUUAUCCACACAGUGGGGACCUCAAGGCUAUUUCUACCCCAUCCAGAUUGCACAGUACGGGUUGAGCCACUACAGUAAAAACCUGACAGAGAAACCACCUCACAUCGAGGUGUACGAAACAGCUGAAGAGAAGGACAAAACCAGCAGGUCCGCAGACUGGACAGUGCCAAAAGGCUGCUCUCUGUCCACAGUAUCUGAUAAAGCCAAGUUCACUAGUGUCAAACAGUUUGUUGCUCCAGAAAAUACCGAGGGGGUAUCUCUGCAGCUUGGGAACACCCGAGAUUUUAUUAUUUCUUUCGAUCUCAAGUUCAUAACAAAUGGGAGCGUUUCCGUGGUUCUCGAGACGACGGAGAAGAACCAGCUCUUCACCGUCCACUACAUCUCCAACACCCAGCUCAUUGCUUUUAAGGACCGAGACAUCUACUACGGCAUCGGUCCCAGGACUAGCUGGAGCACCCUCACCAGAGACCUGGUGACCGACCUACGGAAAGGCGUCGGCCUCUCGAACACAAAAGCCGUCAAGCAGACCAAAAUCAUGCCCAAGAGAGUGGUGAGGCUGGUAGCGAAGGGUAGAGGCUUCCUCGAUAACGUCACCAUCUCGGCCACCGCUCACAUGGCGGCUUUUUUUGCGGCCAGCAACUGGCUGGUGAAGAACCAGGACGAGAGGGGCGGCUGGCCCAUCAUGGUGACGAGGAAGCUGGGGGAAGGCUUUAAGUCCUUGGACCCGGGCUGGUACUCGGCCAUGGCGCAAGGACAGGCCAUCUCGACGCUGGUGCGGGCGUACCUGCUGACGAAGGACCACGCGUUCCUCAGCUCGGCUCUGCGGGCGACGGCGCCGUACAAGCUGCCGUCGGAGCAGCGCGGAGUGAAAGCCGUCUUCAUGAACCGGCACGACUGGUAUGAGGAGUACCCGACCUCACCCAGCUCCUUCGUGCUCAACGGUUUCAUGUACUCCUUAAUCGGGCUGUAUGACUUAAAAGAAACGGCCGGGGAGAAGCUGGGGAAGGAGGCGCGGGUUCUCUACGAGCGGGGCAUGGAGUCCCUGAAGGCCAUGCUUCCCCUCUACGACACCGGCUCAGGGACCAUCUACGACCUUCGGCACUUCAUGCUCGGCACCGCUCCCAACCUGGCCCGAUGGGACUAUCACACCACCCACAUCAACCAGCUCCAGCUCCUCAGCACGAUAGACGAGUCCCCCAUCUUCAAAGAGUUCGUCAAGAGGUGGAAGAGCUACCUGCGAGGCGGCCGGGCAAAGCACAACUAGAGCUUACAACCAAACCCCUCGGUCCUGCUGCCUCGCAGAGGUACAGUUUCAACGGUUGCAUCCUAAAUUUUUACAGACCGUUUCAAAGAAGUGAUCCUUAAAACUGAUCUCCUGAAAUCAUUGCAUUCCAGUGUGAAAACAUUUGGGUCUGAUGGGUAGGGUUCGGGAACAUCACCUGUCCUUAGUGCUCCACAGUGAAACUAUCUGCACGAAGCAAAACCCCUUUGUGCUCCUGAGUUUGGGGACAUUUUUUGUUUUUCUUUUUUUUCCUUUUUGUAGGAAAAUAUCUGCAGAAGCCAUACAGGUCUCUAAAGUCCAGCACUUGCCUGAAAAGUUAGUCCGUGGCCUCUUUUAAAAUGGAGUUAAUAUGUGUAUAUGUUGGAACAG